CGUGUAACUGAUAGCGGUAAUAGAAUACAGUAAAUGAGCAGCAAUAGAAUUAGAGGAAGAGAGGGAACAAACUCACAAAAGAAAGGAGGUGAAUCUCAAUCUCCAUUUCCGUCAUGUCUAUCGUACUCGGUUGUGUUUCAUCACCGUUGAUUGUAGCGAAUCGAAAUCUUCGCCAGAAUUGGAAAUCUGGUUAUGCCGCAAGAGGUAAGAACUCAGUUGGGGUUAAAGCUUGUUUCUUCAACCCAAUCCAGGAACAACCUAUUCUCAAAGAAGCUCUAAAGGAGCCCAUAGCCUUCAUGGGAGGGGUGUUUGCAGGCCUUUUAAGACUUGAUCUUAAUGAAGAUCCUCUCAAGGAAUGGGUUACUAAAACUGUGGAGGCUUCGGGAAUUACAGCUGAAGAAAUUCAGGCCACUGAAAUCGAAUCAGAAGAAACCCCACAACAGAUAGAGAUUGAAUGAUUUCAUUCCAAUUUACGAAUAAAGCAUUAUUGAAACCUCUUAUAAUGUAAAGGGUAGACUGCUUCUGGACAUGUUUUUGGUAUGCUGUGUUAGAGAUUACUGCAUAAGAUUUACAGCCAUCAACAUUGAUGCAGUUCUGCUCACUUAAGCAGUAUGUAAAUUGUGUGAAAGUAUCUGGUUUUCCACUUCAGAGCAUAGAUUUCAGAGAUGACACAACUUUGUGCAUCCUAGUUUUGAUGCCUUCUCAAGUUUCUGCUCUAGAUUUGCCAAAAUGUUUGCACAUUAGUCCCCAGGCCUCUCAUGACUGGGUAUGAUUACUACGAUCACACUUAUGGAAGAAUUCUUCGGCACAAAUGGCACAAAUGAUCUAAAAUGUAUAUGUACAAAUGUACGAGACUUUUGAAUAGAGUAAGGGUGUGUGUUUGGUU